GGUGCACCAAGUUUCGAUAUACUAAACCAUUCUUUACCAUGAGCAUGAUGGAUUUGUGUCAAUAAAGAAGAAAAAUCUCAGACCUGAAAUUUAAGUUUCAUAAUUUUUCGUUUUUCUACUCUUUUACUGCAAGAUUCAUUAGAAAAACUUACUUGAGUCGUGAAUAGUAAACUACUGUUUGCCUACGCAUAUAAACAUUUCAAUCUCAACAAAAUAAGACUCAAAAUGGUAUUCAAAUGUCAAGAGGAUAGCUUUCUGAGAGAGUUUGAAUCAAAAGUUCUCAUCUGCGAGUCAACUACGUUGAAUCAAAAGAAUGCCGAGGGAAAAAACACAGUAAUCAAUGGCUACAAUGUUGUUUUGGAGGAUACUAUAUUGUUUCCAGAAGGUGGCGGACAGCCAUGUGAUUUCGGAAAAAUGAAUGAUUUGCCCGUGUUGGAUGUUCAACGGAAAGGUGCAGAAGCACAUCAUUUCGUACUUGAGUCCACUUCAUCUCCACCAUUCAAAGUGGGUGCUAGAGUUAAGUGUACUGUUGAUUGGGAAAGAAGACAAGACCAUAUGCAACAGCAUUCAGGUCAACAUUUGAUUUCUGCUAUUUUCGAACGUGAAUAUAAUGUCGACACGAAGUCCUGGUGGCUAGGAACCGAAGUAUCUUACAUAGAAGUGGAUGCAAAGGUUGAUCUCAAAGCCGAUCAAAUUGAGAGAGUGGAGAAUAUAUGCAAUGAGCUGAUUGCCGCAGCUACACCAGUUUCUGUGCACAUUUUGAAUGAUAAAAAUGAAACCAAUGUUCCACCCGAGAUCACUCGUGCAACAAAAGGUCUGCCAAAGGAUCACGUAGGAGAUAUUCGCGUAAUUAACAUCGCGGGUAUCGACAGUAAUAUGUGCUGCGGAACACAUGUUCGAAACUUGGCCCAAUUGCAAUGCAUCAAAUUGCUUAAUGUCGAGAAGAAUAAGAAUCGACAAUUUCUAAAUUUUUUGGUUGGCAGUCGAGUAUUGAAACGACUGCAAGAGUGUUUCGAGCGGGAAUGUGAAUUUACUACCAUCCUCAAGGGCGGUGCUCAAUGGCAUAUCGAACUAUUGAAGAAGAUUCAAACGAGUCAAAAGUUGAACCAAAAAACACUCGCCUCGUGUUUGAAAGAGCUCGCUAUUCAUGAGGCAGCAAAAUUGAAAUCAAUCAACCCACAACCCAAAUUUUAUUCGUUGCAUCGCAAAGACGGUGUCGACACAGAUUUCAACAGUACGUUUUUGAAGCAUGCACCGGAGAUAAAGAACGACUCUGAUGGUUUGUCACUACUGUUCCUGACAUCGGCCGAUGAAAGUGGUGAAAAGGGCAAUAUGAUUUUGCUUGGCGACGAAAAUGUUGUUGCCGAUUUGGGUGGUAAAAUCUGUGAUUUGCUGGAAGGCAAAGGCAGAGGAAAAGGUCAACGGUUCCAAGCAAAAGUGAACAACCUUAAAAAAAUUUCGGCGUGUGAGAAAUUAAUCAGUGAAUAUUUUAAUAGCGAAUAGUUAUGUAAUUUUUACUUACAAUAUCUGCAUCAUGAAGAUAGAUACUCACAACCAAAGUUUUCAAUAAAAUCUAAAGUAAAUGAAA